UUCUUUUUCAGGAAAUGAUACAAAGAUCAAAAUUAUUUCCGCAUGUCUGAUAACUGUUUUGAAAAUCCUCUUGAAUUAGUUACACCAUUUUUGUCCAAGAAGCAUACAAUAAUGAGAAGUGCAAUUUCGGUAAGAGAAAAAUUGGCACUGACAUUGCAUUAUCUGGCAACAGGAAGAAAUUUUAAAGAUAUAAGGUUUGCAGGGAUAAUGUCCCCAGAGUCAGUAAGCCAAGCAGUCAUGGAUACCUCGGAAGCAUUGAUAUAUGUUCUUCGCGACUAGAUGCCAACUACAGCAGAAGAAUGGAAAAGUGUUGCC